AUGGAUCCUUUCUCUUCAAGCUCACAUAACCUCAUUCUGAGCCUCGUUCUUUUACUAUUCUUCACUUUCAGAGGCGUUUCAGGCACUACGUUCACAUUCGUCAACAGAUGCGACUACACAGUUUGGCCAGGCAUUCUCGCAAAUGCCAACAGUCCUAGGCUCGACUCCACCGGAUUCGAGCUCCCGAAGCAAACCGCCCGCACAUUCCAAGCCCCAACCGGCUGGUCGGGCCGUUUCUGGGCCCGAACCGGCUGCAGUUUCGACGGAUCCGGGUCCGGGUCCUGCACCACCGGCGACUGCGGCUCAGGCCAAGUCGAGUGCAACGGCGCCGGAGCCGCCCCGCCGGCGACCUUAGCCGAGUUCACUCUCGGCACCGGCGGUCAGGAUUUCUAUGACGUCAGCCUCGUCGACGGGUACAACUUGCCCGUUUUCGUCGAGGGUACUGGCGGGUCGGGUCAGUGCGCAUCCACCGGGUGCUCCACGGAUCUGAACCGGAUGUGCCCGGCCGAGUUGAGGGUCGGCGACGGCGACGCGUGUAAGAGCGCCUGCGAGGCGUUUGGGACCCCCGAGUACUGCUGCAGCGGGGCGUAUGCCACACCCGCCACCUGUAGCCCGUCGGUUUACUCGCAGAUGUUUAAGGCGGCGUGCCCCAAGUCGUAUAGCUACGCAUACGACGAUGCUACGAGUACGUUUACGUGUACCGGGGCCGAUUAUACGGUUACAUUUUGCCCCUCGUCUCCAAGUCUAAAGUCCACACCAAUGACAGCAACCCCAUCACAAGGGGCUGCUACUGCCGGUUCAACUCCCGGGUUCGCUUAUUCGGAUUCUGGUGCCGGGUCUGGGUCCGGGUCAGCCACGGGCACAGGCACAGGCACAGGCACAGGCACGGGCACGGGCACCGGGACAGUUCCCGGGUCAGGGUCUGGAUCUGGUGAGGCCAUGCUGGCAGAUGAUGGGUCAUGGUUAGCUGGUUUGGCCAUGGGAGACUCAAAUAGGGCAGGGCCCCUCUCCAUAACCUCAGCAGCUUUGUGUAUCAUCUUGUCCUAUCUUUUCUUGUAG